CCCCGCUCCGGGAGGAGCUCCCUGCCCGCGCUCGGCCUCCUGGAAGCCGCGGGCGGCCCCGGAGCGCCGCUUCCCGGGUGCGCGCCGCCACGAGCCGGGCCGAGCCUGCCGAGCGCGCCGCCCUGCGCUGCCCGGAGCCAUGCUCCUGCUGGGCAUCCUGAGCCUGGCUCUGGCCGGGGGGCCCGCGGGCGGCUCGGAGCCCGAGCAGGAGGUGGUGGUCCCCAUCCGCCUGGACCCGGACAUCAACGGCCGCCACUACUACCGGGGGGGCGCCGAGGACCCCGGGGAGCAGGGGCUCAUUUUGCAGAUCACAGCGUUCCGGGAGGACUUUUACCUCCACCUGACGCCGGAUGCCCGGUUCCUGGCGCCCGCCCUCGCCACGGAGCGCCUGGGCGUCCGCCUGCCGGCGCUGGCCGCGGGCUCCCCGGACCUGCGGCGCUGCUUCUACUCCGGGGACGUGAACGGCGAGCCGGACUCGUUCGCCGCGGUGAGCCUGUGCGGGGGGCUCCGCGGCGCGUUCGGCUACAGGGGCGCCGAGUAUGUCCUCAGCCCGCUCCCCAACGCCAGCGCGCAGGCGGCGCCGCGCCACGGCCAGGGCGCACACCUCCUCCGGCGCCGGGGCGCCCCGGGCGGGCCCCCCGGGGACCCCACCUCUCGUUGCGGGGUGGCCUCGGGCUGGAACCCCGCCAUCCUGCGGGCGCUGGACCCGUACAAGCCGCGGGGGCCCGGCUUCGGGGAGGGUCGCAGCCGGCGGAGGUCCGGGCGCGCCAAGCGCUUCGUGUCCAUCCCGCGCUACGUGGAGACGCUGGUGGUGGCGGACGAGUCCAUGGUCAAGUUCCACGGCGCCGACCUGGAGCACUACCUGCUGACGCUGCUGGCCACGGCGGCGCGCCUCUACCGCCAUCCGAGCAUCCUCAACCCCAUCAACGUCGUCGUGGUCAAGGUGCUGCUUCUCGGCGACCGCGACGCGGGGCCCAAGGUCACGGGCAACGCGGCCCUGACGCUGCGCAACUUCUGCGCCUGGCAGAAAAAGCUCAACAAAGUGAGCGACAAGCACCCGGAGUACUGGGACACGGCCAUCCUCUUCACCAGGCAGGACCUGUGUGGGGCCACCACCUGUGACACGCUGGGCAUGGCUGAUGUGGGCACUAUAUGCGACCCCAAGAGAAGUUGUUCUGUGAUCGAGGAUGAUGGGCUUCCAUCAGCCUUCACCACUGCCCAUGAGCUGGGCCACGUGUUCAACAUGCCCCAUGACAAUGUGAAAGUGUGUGAGGAGGUGUUUGGGAAACUCCGAGCCAACCACAUGAUGUCCCCAACACUCAUCCAGAUUGACCGGGCCAACCCCUGGUCGGCCUGCAGCGCUGCCAUCAUCACCGACUUCCUGGACAGCGGGCAUGGCGACUGCCUCCUGGACGCACCCAGCAAGCCCAUCUCCCUGCCUGAGGACCUGCCGGGUGCCAGCUACACCCUGAGCCAGCAGUGCGAGCUGGCCUUUGGCGUGGGCUCGAAGCCCUGUCCCUACAUGCAGUACUGCACCAAACUGUGGUGCACGGGAAAGGCAAAGGGGCAGAUGGUGUGUCAGACCCGCCACUUCCCCUGGGCAGAUGGCACCAGCUGCGGGGACGGCAAGUUCUGCCUCAAGGGGACCUGCGUGGAGAGACAUAACCUUAAUAAGUACAGGGUGGACGGCUCCUGGGCCAAGUGGGAGCCGUACGGCGCCUGCUCACGCACCUGCGGCGGGGGCGUGCAGCUGGCCCGGAGGCAGUGCAGCAACCCCACCCCCGCUAACGGAGGCAAGUACUGCGAGGGAGUGAGAGUGAAAUACCGAUCCUGCAACCUGGAGCCCUGCCCCAGCUCAGCUUCUGGCAAGAGCUUCCGGGAGGAGCAGUGUGAGGCUUUCAAUGGCUAUAACCAUAGCACCAACCGGCUCACCCUUGCCGUGGCGUGGGUGCCCAAGUACUCCGGCGUUUCUCCCCAGGACAAGUGCAAGCUCAUCUGCCGAGCCAAUGGCACCGGCUACUUCUACGUGUUGGCACCCAAGGUGGUGGAUGGUACGCCAUGUACUCCUGACUCCACCUCGGUCUGUGUCCAAGGCAAGUGCAUCAAGGCUGGCUGCGACGGGAACCUGGGCUCCAAGAAGAAAUUCGACAAGUGUGGGGUGUGUGGGGGUGACAAUAAGAGCUGCAAGAAGGUGACAGGCCUCUUCACCAAGCCCAUGCACGGCUACAAUUUUGUGGUGGCCAUCCCCGCGGGCGCCUCGAGCAUCGACAUCCGCCAGCGUGGCUACAAGGGCCUGAUCGGCGACGACAACUACCUGGCGCUCAAGAACAGCCAAGGCAAGUACCUGCUCAACGGGCACUUCGUGGUGUCGGCCGUGGAGCGGGACCUGGUGGUGAAGGGCAGCCUGUUGCGCUACAGCGGCACCGGGACGGCGGUGGAGAGCCUGCAGGCCUCGCGGCCCAUCCUGGAGCCCCUGACCGUGGAGGUGCUCUCCGUGGGCAAGAUGACGCCGCCCCGCGUGCGCUACUCCUUCUACCUGCCCAAGGAGCCGCGGGAGGACAGGGCGCCCGCCGAGCCCCGCGGGGCCCCGGGCCUGCUGGACGGCGCGCCCGGCCUCUCCAACCAGGUGGAGCCGCAGGGCCCGCGGGCGGCUGGGCGCUGGGUGGCGGGCGGCUGGGGGCCCUGCUCGGCCAGCUGCGGCGGCGGUGGCCUGCAGAGGCGCCCCGUGGACUGUCGGGGACCCACGGGCCCGCGCCCGCCCUCCGCCUGCCGCCCCGCGCCCCGGCCCGCGGACACCAGGGCCUGCGGCGAGCCCUGCGCCACCUGGCAGCCGGGGGCCUGGUCGCCCUGCUCCAAGAGCUGCGGCCGUGGGUUCAAGCGGCGGGCGCUCCAGUGCCUGGGGCCCGGUGGGCGGCUGCUGGCCCGGGACCGCUGCGACCUGCGCCGCAAGCCCCAGGAGCUGGACUUCUGCGCCGCCCGGCCGUGCUGACCGCGCCCCCGGGGCUGCCGGGGCGCCCCCCUCCUGGCCCGGCGGGGAGGCACCGUCUACCUCACGCCUGGCCCCCGGGCCCAGCCUCCGCGGGGGGCUGACAGGUGCAGGCCCGGGCCCGCCCGAACUUCAGGGACCCGGCCCGCAAGGGCUUAGAGCCCCGCGGCCGCCGGGCAGCCUCAGGCGGGCCGCGGGCUCUCAGCGCGUCCAACACGCGAGUCUCCGUGGUGCUGCCCGCGCCCCUGCCCUCUGACCCCGCGGCCUGGUAACAGAAGGGUGGCGGCUGUGGGCGCAGCUGGUGGGCCACUGGGUGUAACUGGAGCCGGCCCCGGCGGCAAGGGGUCCGGGGCCUCCCGCCCCCCCGGAACCACCUCUUCUCCCUGCGGCCUCCGGGCUGCCAGGCGGGGGCCUUCCCGGACGUGCCCUCUGGGCCCUGCGCACAGCUCGGGAGUCAGGAGGGAGCCUGCUGCCUUCUCUGGGAGGGAUGGGGCCAACACGGAAAGAACCAAGGGAGGAUGUGUUCAGUGGUGAAGCGGGGAGUUUGAGGAGUGGCCUGGAGGGUUCUGUGUCACCCGGGCUGGGCUUGAGCCUUGGGGGACUGUCACCCCGGGAUGCGGAGGGGGCCCCAGUUCCGACGGCUUCUUCCUCCUGAGAGGCAGGUAUAGGGAGGGCUGCUGCCUUAGGCUCCGCGUUGCCUCAGAGAACCUUCCGAGUGGCCCCAGUCCUGUCCCCGCUAAGAGGGCCAUGGAGAUCCCAGGAGGGCUCGGUGCUGGACAUCCACAGGCCUGUAGGUUGGUCUUCACUGGGAUGGCUCCGUGUGGUCUGGCUUUGGGCACAUCACAUGGCAUUGCAGUUGGAUAACGGGGUUCACUGUUUGCUACCUCAGGCUAUGCUCUCUGGGUACCCACACUUGUCCCUCCGCGGGGGCAGUGGUGACCCUGGUGCUCCCAGCAGACCUGGCUGUUGUCCUCUGUAGACAGAGCUGCCCAGACACAAAGCCGAGUGUGUGACACCUGGCUUCCGGCUCCCUCUCGCCCGGCCACCCACGGCGGCUCCGGAUGGGAAGGCGGGAUCUCGCUCUUCAGGUGCCUUGGGGACAGGUGUCAGGAGACACAAGAGUCAAUGCCCUGACCCAGAGGCACCUGGCAGCCAUCGGUGGGACGUCCCGUCUAUCCUGGAGGCAUGUUGGGGGUAUAGAAACCAGGGUGUUUCUAUAGCUGCAAGUGGGAAGAUGCUUUGGGGUUUGAGAGCCUUUGGUCAAGCAGGGUAUUUCUUGAGGCGCAGCUGUUCCAGCGUCUUCCCUGGGGACGGGGUCAGUCCUCUGACUCGGCUUCCCUUACUAGCCAGGAUCCACAAACCAGCCAUCCAGGCUAGCCUCGGGGAUGGUGGUCCAACCGGGGCCCAGGGGUGCACAUGUCGGGGCCGGGCUGCAGUCACCCCUGAAGAGUGAAGCGGAGACGAGUCUUCCUGCCUGCCUGCCUGCCUGACGCUGUGGGACCUGCACCAUCCGAAGGAGCCCAGGGCGCCGGGGCUGCUGGGGACUCCCUCUAGGCGACGAUAGCACUGCACCCUGCGCUUGGUGCACCCAUCCUCGGGGAGGAGAGGGUGGCGCGGGGA